AUGGCAGAACCAGCAACUAUAACCAGACCCCUGAUAUCCUCCAAGCGACACAAGAGCAUAAGGAAGAAUUCCAGAAGAAUUUAUUCCCCAUAUCAGGAUGAUAAUGUACCAUCUGAUGAUGAGGAUAAGGAUGAAGAAAGAGUGGACAGUAAUGAUCCAGAGGAGUUGUUCCAGAACAUUCAGGUUCAGAAGGAAAUCAUCGCCAACAUCCGAACUAAACCCUGGCCAAUAAGACGCAAACUAAAAGUGCUCAAGCAAGCUAGAGAGAUUGUUCUGAAGUAUGAGGGCAGACUGACCAGGACGAGAGGUUACCAGGCAGCUGGGGCAGAUUUGCUGAAGAAGAUUUCAAGAGUCUUAUACAACAUUGUUGUCUUGUUCAUUCCCUGGGAGAUGAGGAUUAAAAAGAUUGAAAGUCACUUUGGAUCAGGUGUGGCCUCUUAUUUCAUAUUUCUGCGAUGGCUGUUUGGGAUCAAUAUAGUUCUCACUAUUAUGACUGGAGCCUUUAUCGUGCUGCCUGAGCUCCUGGCCGGCGCUCCGUUCGGUACCACCCGCAGCAAGACCAUCCCCAAGGAUCACCUUGCCUCUGCACAAGACCUGGACACCAUCUGGUCGCUGGGGGGAUAUCUUCAAUACUCUGUGCUUUUUUACGGCUACUACGGCAAUGUGCGUAAAAUCGGCAGUGCCGGCUACAGACUGCCCUUGGCCUAUUUUAUGGUCGGGAUGGCCGUUUUUGCCUACAGCUUCAUCACUUUGCUAAGAAAAAUGGCUAAAAACUCCCGCAUGAGUUUAGCCGGCGCCUCUGAUGAGAAUUACACCUUCUGCUGGCGUGUCUUCUGUGCGUGGGACUAUCUGAUUGGGAACCCAGAGGCGGCUGAGAGUAAAGGGGCGGCCAUCGUCAAUAGCAUCAGAGAGGCCAUUGUAGAGGAGCAAGAGAAGAAGAAAGACACAAGCCUAGCUGUACUGAUCAGUUUGCGGAUUCUGGCAAACAUUCUGGUCCUGCUGUCUCUGACCGGCAGCAUCUACAUCAUCUACUUUGUGGUGGAUCGUUCUCAGAAACUAGAGCAGGAGAAACCUGAGCUAACACUCUGGGAGAAGAAUGAGGUGAGUGUGGUGGUGUCCCUCAUCACAAUGAUUGCUCCUUCAGCCUUUGAAUUAGUAGCACAGUUGGAGAUGUACCACCCCAGAACGAGUCUCCGCUUCCAGCUUGCCAGAGUUCUGGUGUUGUACCUUGGAAACCUCUACAGUUUGAUUAUUGCCCUCCUGGAUAAAGUCAACAGUAUGAGCUCUGCUGUGAGUGUGGUGGUGUCCCUCAUCACAAUGAUUGCUCCUUCAGCCUUUGAAUUAGUAGCACAGUUGGAGAUGUACCACCCCAGAACGAGUCUCCGCUUCCAGCUUGCCAGAGUUCUGGUGUUGUACCUUGGAAACCUCUACAGUUUGAUUAUUGCCCUCCUGGAUAAAGUCAACAGUAUGAGCUCUGCUAUUUCUGUGGGUCCAGGAAACCUGUCUGACUCAACAUCGUACCUAGCAACGAUUUCCCAGUCUACUGAAGACAACCUGUCCACCAUCAUCCCGGAUAUCACAGAGCGGCAGAACAGCACACUGACCAGGACUCUUCUGGAGCUCAACAACAGCAUGACCACCGUCAAGAGCACCACAUCCUCCAGACAACCGAUGAGAAUGCAGUCUCUGCUAAACCACACCGUCCUGUAUGAGUACAACACCAGAUCACAGCAGGACCCCUGCUGGGAAACAUAUGUCGGCCAGGAGAUGUUAAAGCUCUCCAUCAUUGAUAUGAUCUUCACGGUGGCAAGUAUCCUGCUCAUUGAUUUCAUCCGGGGACUGGUGGUUCGAUACUUGAGUGACUGCUGCUGUUGGGACUUGGAGAGCAAGUUUCCAGAAUAUGGUGAAUUUAAAAUAGCAGAAAAUGUUCUUCAUCUGAUAUACAACCAAGGAAUGAUAUGGAUGGGAGCAUUCUUUUCACCCUGUCUGCCCGCCUUUAACGUCCUGAAGCUCGUCGGCUUGAUGUACCUGCGGAGCUGGGCUGUGCUGACCUGUAAUGUUCCCCAUCAGCAGGUCUUUAGGGCCUCCAGAUCUAAUAACUUCUAUCUGACGAUGCUUCUCUUCAUGCUUUUCCUGUGUAUGUUACCAACCAUUUUUGCCAUUGUGAGGUAUCGGCCAUCUCAGUACUGUGGACCCUUCAGUGGCCAGGAGAAGAUUUACGACAUCAUCUCCGAAACCAUUGCCAAUGACUUCCCACUGUGGUUCAGUAAAGUGAUGAGUUACGUCACCAGUCCUGUGGUGGUGCUGCCCGCUUUGCUUCUACUCUUCAUGCUGAUCUACUACCUCCAAUCCAUCGCUAGAUCACUCAAAGUCACCAACAGCCAGCUGAGACUGCAGCUGCAGAACGAGCGCACGGACGACAAGAAGAAAGUAUUUCAGUUAGCUGCAGCACGUCUGCAGGCACCUGAGGGCAGCGAUAAAAAGCCAGAACAAGAGAGCGACAUUACUAGUAUGGAGUCGUCCGCCCGCUCCGCCUCCCCUCCACGCCGCAACGGCAGCAUCACCAACUUCGAAUCUCCCGUUCGCCAUGGCAACAGCAUCCGGACCAUAACGCAGUCGGUUUCACGGCCUGACAUCCCUAGAGCUGCUGGAGCGACGCAGAGCCCCACUGUCCCUGUGCAACAGAAACACAAAGCGGAGCCCGUGGCCAGUAGUUCUUUCAGAAUGUACAGCAGCCCCUCAGUUCCUCAAAGACAAGUACGACGAGUGGAGUACAUACCCAUCAGGCAUUCUGGGUACUUGGGCAGCACCAGCGGUUCCUGCCGCUCCAAGUCCUACCACAACAUGGCCUACAAGCCGUGUACAAGGUAUGCCGAAAACAUCCACUCCGAUCCGCUGUUUCGGAAGACCCUUCGGCCCAUGCACACCGAGCCCGCCGUAAUCACGGCUCAGAGCUACGUGGGCCACCGGGCACAUUCGACACGUUACGUCAUCGUCAACGAACACGAAGCUCGCAAGAAGCUCAUGCGCUCAAAUACACGCUUACCGAGACAUUACCGCCUCGCGGACGAACCAACGGAGAUCGUAGAGCUUUAUCCACGUAACGUGAAGUGUUACAUUCCUCGUCCUCCUCACCGAAGCCACCAGCCACACCUCAGCGAGGAAGAGGAGGAGGAAGAUCCGAAGAGCAGCACGAGGAGGGGGUCGUUCAGACAGUCGAAACGUCCACGACCACUGUCGGAUCGCCAUCAGACCACGCAAUUCUACAUUGGCGAUACAAUAAACAGUCAGUUGUCUAUGGAGCAGGGUUUAUACGGCGACGAAGAAGAGGGCGAUCAGGAAGAAGACUGGGUGAACGACCCUCAGACAAACAUCCGAGGUCCAGAGUCGGCUCACAGGUACGGCGAACCAUACGUCAAGCCCAAGACCAAGCAUAAAGUGGAGCCGUCUCUGACCGAGUCGGAUUCGGCAUCGCUAGCGUCCAGUAGUGACCAACAAAACAGCAGCACGGACCAGUACAUCCAGGUCAUUCACAACAAAAAGAAGUACCUGAAGUCCAACGCCAAGCUGACCAAAACGAAAUCCAAGAGCAGUGUUAAACUCAAUGUGUCUGGCACUAAUGAUCUUGUCUGCUCCAACGUUUAACCUGUUUAGAGCUAAAACCGAGAUUAUGGCUCUGCUCGAAAACACUGGUAAGCUUUCUACGUAGGAAGCAUUUUAGGUGUACACCAACACCAAGUGCGUUUCA